CAUACAAGUGCUGUAGAGUUUCCAACGAUCAGUAACCAAAUUUUGUCUUUCAAAAGAUUAGCAGCAAUAUGGGAUCGAAGGUUGAGACUGUUUGCGUGACCGGCGCGUCGGGUUACAUUGGAUCAUGGCUCGUCAUGAGGCUCCUGGAGCGCGAUUACACAGUCCGAGCAACCGUGCGCGACCCUGCGAACGUGAAGAAGGUAAGGCAUUUGCUGGAAUUGCCUAAGGCAAAGAGUAACCUGACACUAUGGAAGGCCGACCUGGCUGAUGAGGGAAGCUUCAAUGAAGCCAUUAAGGGGUGCACAGGAGUGUUCCAUGUGGCCACACCCAUGGAUUUUGAUUCCAAAGACCCUGAGAAUGAAGUAAUUAAGCCAGCAAUAGCCGGGAUUUUAGACAUCAUGAAAGCAUGCCUGGAUGCAAAGGUUAAGAGACUAGUUUUCACCUCAUCAGCUGGAGCUGUAGAUGCUGGGCCACAAGGAAGGUCCUUUUACGACGAAUCCUAUUGGAGUGACGUUGAAUUUUGUCGGACCGUAAAGAUGAUUGGAUGGAUGUAUUUUGUCUCCAAGACUCUUGCCGAGCAAGCAGCGUGGAAAUUCGCAAAAGAACACAACAUGGACUUCAUUACUAUCAUUCCAACGCUUGUGAUUGGCCCAUUUCUUGGUCCCACUGCGCCUUCAAGUAUCAUCACCGGAAUUGCGCCUAUCAUCGGAAAUGAAGCUCACUACUUUAUCCUAAAGCAAGGAAAAUACAUUCACUUGGACGACCUCUGCGAAGCUCAUAUAUUCUUGUACGAGCAUCCUAAAGCCGAGGGUCGUUACAUCACAAGUUCACAUAGUGCUACAAUCUAUGAGCUUGUUAAAUUGCUCAAGGAAAAAUACCCUCAGUAUAACAUUCCCACAAAAUUCAAAGGAUUUGAAGAAAACAUAGAAAAUGUGGAGUUCUCUUCAAGGAAGUUGAAGGAAUUGGGCUUUCAGUACAAAUACAGCUUGGAGGAUAUGUUCGUUGGAGCAAUUGAGACAUGUCGUGAAAAGGGAUUGCUUCCACUUGCUCAUGAAAACAACCCCAAUGGGUCGGACUAAAUAAGAAACAAGGGAUCUAAUCUACACUUGUAUUUUACUUUUAAUAGAUGCUUAAUUAUAUCUGUAAUAGUUUCUUCCAACUCCAUUUACUUCUGAUUUUGUUGGAGUUUAUCGGUUUCAAUCCUGAUUAUUAAAAAUAAAAUAAAAUAAAAGGAUGAGAUUAGGUUUCUUAGGCUUGGCUUAUGCA